UUUAAAAAAGAAAAAGAAACGGUUAAAAAAAUGAAGAUGGAAUGAUAAAACCCUAAACCCUAAAGAAGGGUUAAGAAACUGCUGCUCCUGCUUCUAGACCCUUCUUCUCUCCCAUCUUUUUCUGGGUCUCCUUUUCCCUCUUUAAAACCCACCCCUGAAAGCCACCCCUGAAACCCACCCAUUGUCUUUUGUCAACCCACAAACAGCUUUACUGUUAACAUUUUACUCAAGAUUUUUCCUCCAUUUCUUUCCUCCCAAAAUAACCAUGUAUCGUUUUGCUUCAAGCCUUGCUUCUAAAGCUAGGGCUGCUAGGAACACUACAUAUCAGAUUGGUAGUAGGUUGAGUUGGAAUAGGAACUAUGCUGCAAAAGAUAUUAAAUUUGGGGUUGAAGCUCGAGCUUUGAUGCUUAAAGGUGUUGAAGAGCUUUCUGAUGCUGUUAGAGUAACCAUGGGUCCUAAGGGUCGGAAUGUGGUUAUUGAACAAAGCUACGGUGCUCCUAAAGUGACUAAAGAUGGUGUAACUGUUGCAAAGAGUAUUGAAUUCAAAGACAAAGUGAAGAACAUUGGUGCGAGUCUUGUGAAACAAGUUGCAAAUGCCACCAAUGAUGUAGCUGGUGACGGAACUACCUGUGCAACGGUGCUUACACGAGCAAUUUUUACCGAAGGAUGCAAGUCUGUUGCUGCAGGAAUGAAUGCAAUGGACCUUAGGCGUGGCAUAACAAUGGCAGUUGAUGCCGUUGUUACAAACUUGAAAAGCCGGGCAAGGAUGAUUAGCACAUCUGAAGAGAUUGCUCAGGUUGGAACAAUAUCGGCUAAUGGAGAGAGGGAAAUUGGUGAGUUGAUUGCAAAGGCCAUGGAAAAAGUUGGCAAAGAAGGGGUGAUAACAAUUGAGGAUGGUAAAACAUUAUAUAAUGAGUUGGAAGUUGUUGAAGGCAUGAAGCUAGACAGGGGCUACAUAUCCCCUUAUUUCAUCACCAACACUAAAAACCAAAAAUGUGAAUUAGAUGAUCCUCUUAUCCUAAUUCAGGAGAAGAAAGUAUCAAGCUUGAAUGCUGUUGUAAAAGUAUUAGAGUUAGCUUUAAAGAGACAAAGGCCCUUGCUGAUUGUAGCUGAAGAUGUAGAGAGCGAAGCACUUGCUACGCUCAUUCUUAACAAGCUUCGUGCUGGAAUCAAGGUCUGUGCCAUCAAAGCCCCAGGUUUUGGUGAAAAUAGGAAGUCUAGUCUGCAUGAUCUUGCUGUCCUCACUGGAGGAGAGGUUAUAACAGAAGAACUUGGCAUGAACCUUGAAAAGGUGGAUCUGGACAUGCUCGGCACUUGCAAAAAGGUUACUGUCUCGAAGGAUGACACUGUUAUUCUUGAUGGGAAUGGUGACAAAAAAGCCAUUGAGGAAAGAUGUGAACAGAUUAGAUCAGCAAUUGAAUUGAGCACCUCUGAUUAUGAUAAGGAGAAGUUGCAAGAGAGAUUGGCAAAACUUUCUGGUGGUGUUGCUGUCUUGAAGAUUGGUGGAGCUAGUGAAGCUGAAGUUGGAGAGAAGAAGGAUAGAGUUACAGAUGCAUUAAAUGCUACAAAGGCAGCUGCAGAGGAAGGCAUCGUGCCAGGAGGUGGUGUUGCUCUUUUAUAUGCAUCGAAAGAGUUGGACAAGCUACCUACGGCCAACUUUGACCAGAAGAUUGGUGUUCAAAUCAUCCAGAAUGCUCUAAAGACACCUGUACACACAAUUGCUUCAAAUGCUGGAGUCGAGGGAGCUGUCAUUGUUGGUAAGCUGUUGGAGCAGGAUAACCCUGAUCUUGGCUAUGAUGCAGCCAAAGGUGAAUAUGUUGAUAUGGUAAAGGCUGGUAUUAUUGAUCCAUUGAAAGUAAUUAGAACUGCUUUGGUGGAUGCUGCAAGCGUGUCGUCAUUGAUGACAACUACUGAAGCUGUUGUAGUCGAACUUCCAAAGGAUGAGAAGGAUGUUCCGGCAAUGCCUGGCGGUAUGGGUGGCAUGGAUUAUUAAGGUUAUUCCCCCUAACAGUACACCGAUUGUAAGUGUUUUCAUCUAAUCUAUUUUCAUUUCCUCAACAUCUGUGAGAAAAAAGAUUAUCCGAGUCUUGAUGUUUAAGUUGGAAGGCUUCCAUGUAAUCAUAAAUUGAGAGCUAUUUGGUGGUUUUGGUGAUAAAGGGUCAACAAAACUGUCUCAUCGUUUUUGCUAGAAAGAAAGGGCUACAUUGUAUUGGACCAUUUUCUGGAAAUAAAUGGAAAAAUGAAAAAAGAAUUGUCUCACUUUCCACCGUGAUUGACAUGAAUUUUUGCAAAGAAUCUUAUUAAUUGUUCUUAUGACGGAUUUUCUGGUUUUAUUCUGGAUUGUUCAAGCUUGGAUUCUAUUUUUGGCUCAGUGCCUGGAUUAUUAUAUAUUUAACAUGUGUUUAGUUCAACUUAUUCAAGUAGCGCCAAUGAGGCUGAGGUCCUGUGACGGGGACUUUGAUGUCUUAAGUUCGAUUUCCUUUUUGCAGGAAAUCUUGCUUAAAUCAUGUGAGUAUUGCAUCUAGAUUUUAUUUUUGCUUAAAUCCCAUCAUGUGGGGUCUUUUUCAGAGUUAUUUUGGUUCGAUUUCAGAUAUAUUCCGGGUGCUUUGUAAUGCUUGAUUUUGAUUAUAAUUAUUUUGGAUUUUUAUUGUUUUUUGGUACAAGGACUUGUAUUGUUUGGAUUUGUAAUGGUAUUUGUAAACUUCAAAAUCAGGAAAAGCACACACACACACACUUAUCAAAGUCUUUAUUAAUCGAGUUAAAUUGAAUUCAAAUUCAGGUGAAGGAACUAAUUGUCUACUUCAAGCUCUCUUAGCUACAGCUUGAAUUACCAUCUCUCCCUUGUCCUUGAAGGUUAAAGGUCUGAGAGUUGGCAUUCCCAAAGAAAAACAACCUACAGCUUGAAGUGAUAUGUUGAGUGGAAAUGUGGACAAGUAUUUGCAUUACUUUCAUUAACGAAAUUAGAAUCAAGUAAUCUAUUUGAAUUUGUUAGUAAUCAAAAUUUGGUUCUAUCAUCUUCAAAUCCAACUUAAGUAGUUUGAAUCCAUGUGCAUUUUUAAAAAAAAUUGUGGGCAACAAUCUUGGAAGAGUUUACGGGUCUUAAGAUUUAAGUUUCAUUCAUUCAUCAAGUUUGUAAUCUUAAUCCUAUAUUCUCGUUAAGAUCAUUCUCUCACUAAAA